AUGAGCAUCGCAGAACACCUACAAGUCAAGUAUGUGGCUUACAAACUGCGUGGUGGGGCUUCGGCAUGGUGGGAGCAACUUCAGGGCAAACGAAGGCGACAACAUAAACAACCAAUCCGUAGUUGGAGGCGUAUGAAGGAGGCGCUAAUGUUCAGAUUUUUGCCAUCAGAUUAUGACCAGAUUUUGUAUCAAAGGUAUCAAGAUUGUAAACAAGGUGUUCGAACAGUCCAACAAUACACGGAGGAAUUCCACCGGUUGUCGGCGAGGAAUAAUUUGUCAGAGACUGAAGCUCAGCAGACCGCAAGGUUUAUGAGUGGUCUUCGAAUCACCAUCCGAGAUCGUGUAGAAUUAGCACCGGUGUAUGGGGUAGAUGAAGCCAUCAAUCGUGCUAUGAAAGUAGAAGCACAACUGAACCGCGCAACCAGAGGACAACCAACAGAGCAUAGAGCUGGAGAUUCAUCGCGAGGUCACAAUCAAGGGAAUAGACCGAACACCAGUCAGAUUGAAAGCUCUCAACCUUUUGGAAAGAAAACGCCAGCAGAAAGCUCAAAAAUGACUGAGCCGAGUAGUCACAACCAGCUACAAGGUGGUCCACAGAACCGGCAGAAUUCCAAUCCAUAUGCUCGAGAACGAGGUAAUAAGUGCUAUCGUUGUAAUCAACCGGGGCAUCUGUCAAACAAUUGUCCCAAACGGGGUCAGGUUAAUAUGGUUGAACAUGAAGACGGGUUCGAGGCAACAGAAGAGCAUUACACUGUGGGGCCAGAUGAUGUGUAUGAGGAGGAUGAACAGGUUGUUUGUGUGGUUCGCAAAUUAGCACUAACUAUGGAGUCAAUAGCGGAGGAUCCACAAAGGCACAAUCUUUUCCGAACAAGAUGCAAGGUUAACCAACGAGUGUUUGAGGUUAUAGUGGAUGGUGGCAGUCAGGAGAAUCUAAUAUCUCGGGAGAUGGUUAAUCAAUUAAAGUUGAAGUUGAGAAAACACCCUCAUCCUUAUAAAAUUGGGUGGAUCAAGUCUAUGGGUGAGAUUAAAGUUACAGAGCAAUGCGAGAUAGAGUUUUCCAUUGGUAAAUACAAAGACAAGGUUGUAUGCGAUGUAGUGGACAUGGACGCAUGCCAAAUCAUGUUGGGGAGACCAUGGCAGUUUGAUGUGGAUGCACAUCAUAAGGGUAGAGCCAACGUGAUUGAAUUCAUAAAGGAUAGAGUGAGAUAUACUUUAUGCCCCUUGAUAGGUGAGAGUGAGAGGAAGCAUUCAGCAGUAUCUCUUUGUUCUGCCAAGGAGUUCCAACAGGAGACAAAACAAGCAACUUUUGUACUUGCCAUGGUGAGUAGAGGAUUCCUCAAUACUGUUAAUGAGGUUCCCCAAUCGCUGCGUUCCCUUUUAGAAGAGUUUCAAGACCUUAUGCCUGAAGAGCUACCCACGGGCUUACCCCCAUUGCGGGACAUCCAGCAUCACAUUGAUCUCAUUCCGGGAGCGGCAUUGCCCAAUUUACCUCAUUAUCGCAUGAGUCCCGCUGAGCAUGAGAUUUUGCGACUACAAGUGGAGGAGCUACUAAUGAAGGGGUAUAUCAAGGAGAGUAUGAGUUCUUGUGUUGUCCCAGCACUCCUAGUACCGAAGAAGGAUGGAUCUUGGCGGAUGUGUGUAGACGACAGGGCAAUCAACAAAAAUCACAGAUGA